AAAAUGUCAAAUGUAACUGGGGAAUUUGAGUUCCGUGAAACAGAUAAGUAGAACUGUCAAAAAACGUGUGAAAGAGCAGUAUGAAAAGUUCAAAACUUUGUGAAAAUUCAAUACAAAUGUGAAACAGGUGGUUGUUAUUUUGAAAAUUGUUUACAAUGAUUGUGUAUUAGUGCUAAAGUUCAAAUAAUGGAUUCGUUCGCAGCAGAUUUAGCGAUACAGGCCAUUUUAGCUCGGGGUACAGAUUUCGUUGGAGGAAUAGAUAACGAAGCCUUGGACUUUUCACAAUUGGAAGAUUUCAUCAAUAGCGAAGGUUCUCAAGGUAACAAUUCCUAUUUUGGAGAUUCACUCAAUUCUACUCAACCCUCCGGUAAACUUCUGAAUGUCAUCGUUGAAAAUAAAAGGAAUAUCGGACAUUCACUCCCUGAAAGCCCACCAGACAGCAGCUCUGAACACCCUUAUAGUCCACAAGAUGGAUGCGAGGCACCAAUUACAUCACAGGAAACUAUAUACACCAACCUAACACAAGGCCUUUAUAAACCCACCAUACUCAGUCCCAUUUUGACGGACAACCUUAUUUUAGGAUCACAUAUUGUAGUGACGGACCAAAAUAAUGAUCAGCUUUUAGAUAACGGUAAUAUAUUACAAGAUAACGGACUAAUCGUAAGUGGAGAUAUCAGAAAUGGAACGGCUAUACUCAAUAAUAGAACGAUUCAAGAAAAUUUACAAGGCGAUCAGAAUAUUUUACAAGGUAGAAUAAUCUUAACCGACUCGAAUGUUACAGAUACCAAUCGUCCGAUCUUACUGACUUCAUCAGAAUCAGCGCCAAAUUUUGAAAGAAGUAUUUAUAAAAAUGACGAUUUCGAUAAAAAUAUUGUACAUUUAGGAUAUAAUCACAACAUAGAAAAUUUGCCCAGGAACAACAUAGAUAAUAAUAUAUGCGAACAAAAUUUGGAAAACAUUCAGAACGUUUAUACAAACCUGCAAUCUGCACCUAAGAAAAGAAAGUUAUCUCAAGAUUCGCCAUUAGUUAAAAGUGAACCAGAUCAUUGUACCAACAGCCAACUUAGCCCCUCCGAACAGUUGAACACGUCAAUAGAUGAAGAUUAUGCCUCUUCAGAAGCUUGUUUGUCAGAAUCUCAGUAUCAGUGUAUUAGAUUUAGUGCCUUCCAGCAGACCAACUGGCAUAUGCUUUGUGAUCAAAAUCUCACAGAAUUGCCUGUUCCACAUUAUAGAGUAGAUGCUGAUAAGGGAUUCAACUUUUCAAAUGCCGAUGAUGCCUUCGUUUGCCAGAAGAAAAACCAUUUUCAAGUAACUUGCCAUGUACAGUUGUUAGGUGAUGCGCAGUUUGUAAAAACUCCAGAUGGUUUCCAAAAAAUAUCAAGUUUUCACCUUCAUUUCUAUGGAGUGAAGCAUGAUUGUCCCACGCAAACAAUUCGAGUGGAGCAAAGUCAAAGCGAUAGGAGUAAAAAACCUUUUCAUCCUGUAUUAGUGGAAUUGGUUAAUUCACAGGUUACAAAGGUUACAGUAGGAAGGUUACAUUUUAGCGAAACGACCUCAAAUAAUAUGAGAAAGAAAGGAAAACCUAAUCCCGAACAAAGAUAUUUUCAAUUGGUCGUUGGUCUUCAUGCUCACACAUCAAAUGGAAAUUUCCCAAUUGUAAGCCAUGCUAGUCAAAAAAUAAUAGUUCGAGCUUCAAAUCCGGGACAGUUUGAAAGUGAUGUAGAAUUGUGUUGGCAAAAAGGACAAACUCAGGAUUCAGUGGUACACAAUGGUAGAGUAGGAAUUAAUACUGACAGACCAGACGAAUCUCUGGUAGUACAUGGAAAUAUAAAAAUAACAGGUCACAUUAUCCAACCCAGCGAUAUAAGAGCCAAGAAAAAUAUUGUUGAAUGUAAUACUGCUGAACAGUUGAGAAAUGUACAGAGGUUAAGGGUUGUUAGAUAUGAAUACGAACCAGCAUUUGCAAAUCAAUUAAGUAGAGAUAGCGAAUGUUCUGAUACAGGUGUAAUAGCUCAAGAAGUGGCACAAGUUUUACCUGAAGCUGUAAAACCCGCAGGAAACAUUAUUUUGCCAAAUGGCACGGCUAUUGAUAAUUUUCUGGUAGUAAAUAAGGAAAGAAUAUUUAUGGAAAAUAUAGGUGCCGUAAAAGAAUUAUGUAAAGUAACAGAUAAUUUGGAGACUAGAAUCGAUCAGUUGGAGAGAAUAAAUAAAAGAUUGAAUAAAUUGAAAAGAGGAGACAGUCUCAAGUCUACAAGUACUAUUAAUAGUUCAAAAUUGUCAUAUUCACAAAAAUGUUCUAAACAUCACCACCACUCAUGCCAUAAGGAGGAUGAACUUUGUUCAAAUAAAUUCAUCCAAAUUGUAAUUGUUAUAUUGGUAUUGAUAAUGGCGUUUUGUCUUGCAGCAAUAACGACUUUAUAUUUGAUGGAAACAGCACGACAGACAGAAUAUAUUCAACCAAAUAUUGAAAGAUCUCACAACAAUUAUGCAACAAAAAGACCAACGAAAGUUUCAAAAGUACCCACGUGGGUGCCGACGUUACCACCAUAUUAUCCAACAAAUACAUUCAAAGAAGAAGAAAUAACAAAAAUUACUGUGGACCCCUCAUUGAUAAACAGGAAACCGAGUAUAAUAAUUGGAAGACCUCAAGACUGCAUAGCAGUGGAUCAAGAUCUUGAAAAUACUAACUUAUGUCAGAUAUUUUGUUGUGCAAAUCCUCCGCAAAGGCAUUCUCAAGAAAUUUCAACAUCACACUAUUCUGAAAAAAGACUUGUAAAUCCAAACAGGAACAAAACAGGACCAUUAAUAAAUCUGGAGAAGAAUAAAAUUUCAAAGCCAUUUCAUUCGAAUGAUAUUGACAACAAACAAGUUAGACAAAAGAGGGAUACAUACAGUGAUGAUACUAAUCUUUUUGAUGUUACUGAUGAUCAAAUGUUUACUGUCAUCUUGCAUGGGAAGACUUUUAAUACUACUUUGACCGCUAAGUACAAAGAAGAAACAAAUUCGCCAUUUAACGUAUCUUAUUCAGUACCAAUAUCGAAAUAUAUGCCAGAUGAAUUUAUAAAUCUAAUUUUCAAAACCAGUCAGUCUAAUAUAAAGGAAAUCGAACAUUGUUACAAUGAUUUUAAACAACAUGAAUGUCCAUUUGUUAGUUCUGCAGCUUAUUAUGACGACAAAAUGAAAAUUAGACAUAAGGUCAAUGAGAAUAGUCCAAGUCGGCCUAUCGGAAGUAUCAACUUUGAAAUUGAUAUGAUCGAUUAUCAAUCUAAAAUGAUGACUUAUAGGGCAUCACUAAAAUCUAAUCUGAAUACUUGCAAGCUCCCUUCAUCUAAAUUGGGAUUAGAUUAUUUAGAAUAUAAUUUCCAUUUUUAUAGACACUGUGAUGAAUAAGAUCUUUAUAUUUAUUCUUAUUAAUUUUAGCAAUAUUAAGCAUUACUCAAACAAAAAAACUCAUGACGUUUUAUGUAUAUUUUAAUUUGUAUAGAAGUAUUUUAAGGGUGUAUAGCAUGGUUUAUUAUCAUUCUACAUAUAUUAUAAUAAUGAGAUUAUUUUUAUGGUUAUGUUUAUGACUUGAAAUAGUUGAAUAUUUUAAAUUUCUUUAAUAAUGUGUAAAGGAAGUGGAACGGUUAGCACAUCGAUCAUACAGAGAGAAUUAUUAACUUUUUAAUAUGAAGUGAUUUUAUUAAUAAUAAAAAUUGAUUCAUUAAUAAUAAAAAUCUCCUCAAUCCAGAAAUUAGAAUUUGCAACUACAGUUACUCUAACAGUUUUGCCAAACGAUAACUAUUUUUUUAUUGUAUUCUUUAAAAAGUAGUAUCUGCAAAAUUGACAAUUUUAUUUUCAUUCCAGCACGUAAUCUGAUACCUUAUUUUCACAAGUUAUUUAAAUUAUAUUCUCAAGACAAUACAAUACAUUUUUUGCAUAUGGGUCAUUAAUAUAACAAUAUCAUCAAAGAAUCUCAUGAGACUCAUAACCAGCCGCAAUAUUAUCUACAUAUCUGCUGAACCGUUUCACUGAUAGAUACUGAAAGUUCAAACACUCUCCCACACAUUUUCCUAUAAUUUAAAAAAAAACAUUUAUAGUUCUAAUGUUAUAUUUAGAUAUUUUAUAUUUAUUGAAACAAUCUCUCUCAUUUGCUAGUGUAUAAUUUCGUAAUUUUUAGAAUAUUAUAGUGAUAUUAUCACAAUAUUUGUAAAUAUUGAAUAUGGCAUUUCAUAAACUUCAUUCAUCAAGUAUCCCAAUAUCAAGGUCUGAAAUUAAAACUAUAUCGAAUCAUUUAAAACUUUCUUCAGUCAUAUAAUUAAUUUGAGCUUUAAGAUUAGGAUACCUGACUUUUUUUGCUAAGUUUAUCAGAUUUAAUAUAUGUGGUUAUUAUUUUAAGAAUCAAUUGGAUAUAUUCAUCCUUAAGCCUUGACAUAUGUCUGUUCUUACUUAUUUUAAUAAUGAAAACAUUUCUUUUUAAAAAUAGAUCGAAUGUACACAGGAUACUUGCUACUUUUUUAAUAUUUGGAUAUUUAUUCAAUUUAAAUAUUGUGUAUUAAAUGAUAUUAAAUAAAAUUAACUUUCUUGCAUUCAUUUUUUACAAUACUAUCAAUCUAUUACUUCCAUUUACAAAUGAAUCGUGCUGAUGCAUUUUAAAGUAUUGUUGAACAGUGGGAAUUCACAUGAGGAAAAUGAUCAAGUGUAUGGUUUUUAAAUGAUUUGCUUGAAUAUGCGAAUACAUUUUAAUGAUGAUUAGUCUUUACCCCGGAACUUAGCCACCAGAUAUUGUGAUCAACUGGCGUGCCCAAUAAACCUUUUCAAACCUACCCUUCUACUAAGUCAAAAAACUUCCGUCAAAUAAGAUAGAUAUGUGCAUUGUGCAUUCAAAUUUGCUUGAACUUACUGAUUUAAUCUGCUGCUCCUUUUUUUUCUUUCAGUACUGUAUUUGUCUUCAAGUGUUGGUUAUUAUCACAAUUUGGUUGAAUUGGUCUUUAUCUGUCGCUACUAGGAAUAGUCGUUCUACUUACAGUCUGGUCCAAUAUCUAAUAUUUCGUAACCAGGAUAGCUUUUUGCGAUCUACCACAUUCCGAACGGAUUUAUUUUAUUGAUGAUGUCAGCUGUAAGCGUCCCUUUCACAUAUACAUUGUACUUGCAGUUAUCCAUUUCGUUUUCUUGAUGUCUAUAUUAAUACCCCAUCUUUGAUCAGCCUCAUGAACUCUGUCCAGUAACAUUUGCAAGUCUCCUAUAUUUUCUCCAAUGAUGGUAGUAUCUUCUGCGUACUUUACGUUGUUUAUAAAAUAUAAAAUCGCCCGUUAUUUUUACUCCCUGUGUCCUGCAAUGGAUAGCAUCCCGAAAUAUGAUCUCUGAAUAAAGGUUAAACAGGGGUUGUCUUACUUUGAUUUUUAUUGGUAUUCCAUUUGUAUCACUGUUAUCUAUCCUGACUAAUGCUGUUUGACUAUGAUAAUUGUUUAUCAUUUACAUAUUGGAUUUAUUGAAAAAGGAAGAUGAAAAAUGGUAUCUUCAACUAAUCAAGCUUCCAAUAUACUUUUAAUUCAGUGUAGUGAAAUGAAAUAUUCACAUCAUAUUGACAUAAAUUUUAUGUUUGUUUUAUAAAUAUUGAAGUAUACAGUUAUUUAUGGAAUUGAAUAUGGCACAGAUAUAGUUAGUAAGAGAAUCAAACUGUUUUACUUACACAGACAAUAUAUACAUAAAAUCAAAGCAUACAUUACAGCAUAAACUGACAAAAACUUUUUUUAAUACUUUAGAAAUAACAUGCAUUUUUGAAAUAUUUUUUGUUUGUAACCAGAUGUCUCGGGUUUUCAUUAUAAAAUUACCCCCCUCUAUUUCAAAUAAACAUAAAUAAUGAUUUAUAAAAAAAGUUUCAUGAAAAUUUGAGUUAAUAAAAUGAAAUAUUUACCUGACAACAUAUCAAAUGCAACUUAAUUUUUUCAAAUGAAAUGGUUUUUUUUGUUUUCAGCAUUUUUUUUAUUUUAUUCAAUGUUCUUGAACUUUCAAAACUUUUUGCAGAGUACAGUGGUUCGAAACUGGUAUCUUACUCAAAAAUUUGGAGUGAGUCUCUAUACAAGAAAUGCAUAUCUUUUAUUAGUUGAUAGCGUUCCAUGACUGUGUCAUGUUCUUUUAUCAUAAUAUUGAGGUUGACCAAAAAAUGAUAUAUAAAUUUAGGUAUCAAGAGAUGUAUUCUUAUGAAUAAACCGUUAGAUAGUAUGGUGGCUUAUGCAUGUAUUAGUUCCUGUUUAAAUUUGAUUUCAAAUUUAAUAAAAGUCUUCAUAAAAAUAUAUCUCAAGUGGAAGAUUUCUCACGAAUAUGCAUUGCUCAAAAAUUCGUUAUCUUAAAUAUAUUUCUUAUUUAUACUUCAAUAUUGUGGUUAUUUAGAAAUAAUUUUAGCGUAAAAAUAUUAUUGUCCAAUGUGAAAAAUUCAAAUUUGUGAAAAAAUCUUGUAUUUUUUAUAUUUGGUUAAUAUGAUUCAUUUUGCUUUAAAUGGAAACCAUAUUAUUCGCUUAUAUCUAAAUCUUUUAAUUCUUUAUUAAAAUUAUUAUUUAUGAGGUUUGUGGCUCAGCGUUGAAGAUGUAGAUUCAAGCAGGCAUUCACUCACCCUACUCUAUUCAUCCCUGUUGGGUUGUUAAUAAUGGUGUUGUUUCUGGGCGAAGAGUAACAUCAAAAAAAAAUAUCGGCAGUUAAUGCCAAUAUACAAACGUUCCUCAAAUUAUGUUCUCUGAAGUUUCAUGACUUACUGCUUCAUGGCACAAUACAAUAUAUUUCAAGUUGGGAGUUGAAUUAAGUAUCACUUAGUUUACAUAUUAUGUAUAAAAUAAAUAUUGGACACUAACAUUUUUACUCAUUCAGGUACUUAAGAAAUAUAUCCGUCCAAGUUGUGACUAUUUUUUAGAUCUAUUGAUAUUAAGGAGCAUAUAGGUUCCAUCAUUAUAAUUAAAGUAGAAUAACAUUACACAUUCCAUUUUUAUAAACUGACAUUACUUUUAGUAUUUUGAAUUUUAUAAGUUUUGUUGUUCCAUACUUAGUUUUAUUUUUGAAUUAUGAUUAUAGAGUAUGCAGUGUAAUAUAUUCAGUUAUUUAUGUUAUAUGUAUACAUCUCAUAUUUUUUUGUUUUGUGAUUCUGUACAAUAAAUUGUUUUCCUUUCAA